CAAAGCUCCAAACCCCAUCUACGACCUCACCCCCCCCCAGCACAGCUUCCAAAGAUGGCAGACCAGACGCCCGCUACCCCCGCUCUACUCGAGGCCUCUGAGCUGGGAACGAAGGAAUACUGGGACGCACUCUACACCCGCGAAUCCACUAACCACGCCGCCGACCCUACCGACGAAGGCACAAUCUGGUUCGACGACUCCUCCGCCGAAGACAAGCUGGUCACCCUCCUCCGCUCCUCGUCCCUAACGGGUUUUGACCCCGCGACAGCCAGUUUUUUGGAUUUGGGGACGGGGAAUGGGCAUCUUUUGUUUAGAUUGAGGGAUGAGGGGGUGAGGGGGGAGGAUAGUGAUGAGGAAGAAGAGGAGGGGGAGGGGGAGGGGGAGGGGGGGAAGUUGUUCAAGGGCCGCAUCAUGGGCACGGAUUACAGCGCUACCUCCAUCUCCUUCGCGCGCGCGGUGGCAGCGGAGCGGGGCCUAGUCGACAGCGCAGUAGAGUUCGUAGAAUGGGACAUCCUCGCCUCUCCAUCAGAUGCGGUGCUCUCCGGCCCCAACGCAGAUGGCUGGGAUGUGGUACUCGACAAAGGGACGUUCGACGCUGUGAGCUUGAUGGGGGAUCCGGAGGCGGGGAAGCGGUGA